AUGUCGCAGGUGUCGGAGAUGUCCACCGUUGUUUUGGUCUCGUGCGAUCUUCUGCUACCUCCUCUUGUUGCCAGGCAGGGCGGCGCUUCACCCAAGGUGCUCAUUGCCGCCGUCGUCGUGUUGCUGCUGUUCGUCGUGCUGAUGUUUCUUCUGCUCACCGGCUCAGAAACCGGAGAGGCCCAUGGUGGUGGCGAUGACGAAAGUGACGGUGGUGGUGACAGCGGCGGUGGCGGCGGCGGCUUCAGGGGUAGUGGUGGCCGUGGCUCGAAAAAGACGACCACCGAGGCACCGGUCACGACGCCGCCAACGCCGCCACCGACGCCGCCGGUCAUUCCCAUCAAGCGGCCGGAAUCGUUCAUCUUCUGCACCCUCGGUCCCUUCCUGGUAUCGUCCUUCAGGUUGUCCAAAGUCCCGGCUUGCGACUACUUCGUCUACACGGAUGUCUUUGUCUACAAGGACACCGUGUAUGGCCACGACGAUCCCGUCAGCUACGUCAUUUUCCUCGAGAUGGCCAAGAAAUACAGAGACGACCUGGACUACCGGGGUUACCCCGAGACCACCAACUCUUCGCUCAAGCUGCAGCACUACGGCAUCAGCUUCGCGGCAGACUCUCUCCUCGACUUGGACAUAUGGCUGGUGAAGGUCGACUUCACGAACCUGUACAAGAACUACGGUAUCCUGACCGCCGGCUUGGCCAGCUACCAGAGAGGCGACGUCUCUUCGGACUCUUACUUGAUCCAGUUGAAGAGCAUCAUGAAGAAGAUCAACGACGGGAUGACCAAGGCACAGGCCGGCAACAAGACCAUCCUGAAGACUGUCUUCCUGGGCGUCAAGCUUUCCGGCGCGACGACGAGCUCGCAGUACGACGCCACCGCGAUGUCCGAAAUCAAGAGCAUCGGCAACAUCGACCUGCUGAUACUGGUGAGUCACAUGGUGCAGCCCCACGUUGCUAGGAAGUGCACCAUCCAGCCGCUAAGCAUGUACAAGGGCACCGUUCAGGCAACCGAAUCUCCGCCCACCAUGGAGCGGCUGGUGAACUUGGUGACCGGUAACCUGAAGUUCCGAGUGGCUCUCUCCGUCUCGAUGAGCGUGUAUAUGUUCACCGCCAAGUCUACCUCAGCCACGCCUGUCGUCCCGGAGAUCGGCAAGGAGUGUGAACUCUACUACCAGCUCGACUACUCUGAGCUCUGCGGCGUGAAAGAGUCGACGAUCACCACCCAGGACCCACUGCUCGGUAGUGCCACAGCCCGCAUUAAAGGCGACAUGCUCAUCGUCUUCGAGACAGCGGAAACCAUUGAGGCUAAGAUGAACGAGACGAUAACGGUGGCCCGCAAUGCAAGCGUGGGCCUGGUGUGGGCAGUCUACGAUCUACAGAACGACGUGGCCACGUGCGACGUCAUCGACAAGCCGCAGCGAACGUCCUACAGCCGGUUCAGGAUCGUCAACGACACCAUGGCGAGGGACUACGGCGAAACUGGGGCCCAGCAAACGGGCGUGUCGCGGAGCAGGCUUUGGUGACAGCGAACUGCGCGCCGCCAAUGGCAGUGGUCAUCAAUGCUUUCGCUGCUUGCUGCGCUGAAAAAGAAAGUCCUCGCGCCGUCCUUGUGUCUGUGUCACUUCUUUUUUCUUUCUUUUUUUUUUCUUUUUUUUUUUUUUUUGC